UGACUCGCGCGGCAUGUGCAAAGACAGUGCCAGAAACCGAGGCAUGAUUGCCGCAUCCCGAGCGAUCACGACCAUAUCAUUGCACGCUUCCCCGCGACACUCGCGCCUCUCAUUUUCUCCUUGAUACCCUUUAAUUUCUGUCUGCAGCACGCGGUUCUGUCACACUUCUCGUCGAACCACCUCGUCACCGCGCACCCCGGCGAACCCCGCAAACUCGCUUCGACAGGCCGGAUCCGCGUUUCCCAGCCCUUUGGCGCACCCGAUAUCGUCGAGACAGCAGCGCUCCACACAGCGACAAUCGGCCGGUGCACGACGGCGUGGUGAGGAGACACAUUUCAGACAUGUCGGCGCCAUCACCGCCAAAGCCGUGGGAGACGAGCGGCGGAGCCACGAGUGCCUCGGUUGGCCUAGGGUCGAGUCCAACACCCGAAAUGUCAUCAGCAGGCGCACCACCCCCCCUCCCAUCGGUACCAGACACGCUCAGCACAGUCGCAAACAGAAACGCAUCGACGUACUCCAACAUGAACCGCGGCUACGGCGCCUCGCCGUACAGCAGCUACGGCGGGGGCUACAACAGCUACUCGUCGCCGUACGGUAUGGGCUCCAUGUACGGCGGCGGCGGCUACGGCGGCGGGAUGUAUGGCGGAAUGGGUGGAAUGGGGGGAAUGUACGGCGGCGGCGGGAUGUAUGGUGGGAUGGGCAUGCCUGGCGAUCCAAACAACCCCCAGAGUCUCACGCAGUCGUUCAGCCAAAGCACGCAGGCGACGUUCCAGCUCAUUGAGAACAUCGUGGGCGCUUUCGGCGGGUUUGCGCAGAUGCUGCAGAGCACGUACAUGGCAACGCACUCCUCGUUCUUCGCCAUGGUGUCGGUCGCUGAGCAGUUCGGCAACCUACGACAGACUCUCGGCUCGGUGCUCGGAAUCUACACGCUAAUGCGCUGGAUACGGACAGCGUUCGCGAAACUCACAGGGCGACCGCUGCCGGCAGAUGCGAUGGGCCUGACGCCCGCAGGCUUCCAUGCGUUCACAGGCAAGCUGCCAGAUGGCUCACCAGCACCGCCCAAGCCCUCCAAGAAGCCAUUCUUCUUCUUCAUUGCUGCAGUCUUCGGCCUGCCGUAUCUGAUGGGCAAGCUUAUCAAGGCGCUCGCACGGUCACAAGAGGAGGCGGAGAAGCGCCGCAUGCUGGAGAACCCGCAGGCCGCAGCCAUUGACCCAAACAAGCUCGAUUUCUGCCGCGCGCUCUAUGACUUUACCCCCGACUCGAACAUGUCAGGAAUGGACCUGGCAAUCAAGAAAGGUGACAUGGUUGCAGUCUUGAGCAAGAGCGACCCUAUGGGCAACGCGUCAGAAUGGUGGAAGUGCCGCUCACGAGACGGAAGGAUGGGAUACCUCCCGGGCAUUUACCUCGAGCCUAUCCAGCGCAAGCAGCCCGCUCAGAUCACAAGCGGAAGCCAGAGCGGUAGCCCAGCAGGCAGCAGGGCGCAGACUAUGACGAGCAACAGUGCCGCGAGUCCGACUCCUACCAUGGUCGGCAAGCAGGUAGAAGGCCCAAAGAUUGAGGGCAAGGCUGGCGACAUGGGAGUUGAGAGCUUCCAAAAGGGCGCUUUCUACUCAUGAUUCUUCUUGCGGCGUUCGUCUUGGGGUUCUCUUUUGCGUUGCAAUGUCGUGCGUAAGCCAGCGUACACGUCUUAUACGAGGGUUUGGUCAUCUUGGGUGUAUAUCAUUAGCUGGAAAAGCAACGCAAGGCGCAUGGCUCUCGGUUUUAUUAGAGAUAUCAUCAUGUCACGUGAAAAAAUGCAUAGCUUCUUGUACAUUAUUCAAGAAAGUCUCACUACGAUGUGCUUGGCAUGUCAGCCAUGUGAAUGGUCGG